CGGCGGAGGGAAGGCGGGGGCGGAGGCGGCGGAGGGGAGGCGGGGGCGGAGGCGGCGGAGGGGAGGCGGGGGCGUCCUCGCCGGUGUGUAGCAACGGAGAUGGCGCGCGCCGAGUCCUCCGCGAGGAGAGCUUGUAAGCAGGAGGCGUGCUCCACAGGGCCGGCUGCACGCAGGUUAGACGUCGGUUUGGAGAGGAGCUCGGCGGAGCUGCGCCGUCGUGUUCGCCACCAGCAAGCUUCAGUCGGUGGGUGCGACGGCAGUCGUCGGCGCCGUCGGGGCGCAAGGUGUGCAGAUUAUGCAGGUCAUAUACCUUACAGCGUUGGCUAUGACCACAGCUACGAUCCUGAUAAUGAAAUGUCAAACAGCGACUGUCUGGAGGAGAGUAGCACAUGCAGUGAUGAUGAAUCUGUGUCCAGGAGGAAGAAGGUGUUAGAGUAUUCAGCUUUUUCAAGAAGGAGGCUCUCAAAUCUCUCAAGAGGGAAUUCUCAAUUUUUUGUCAGAACGCUAAUAUCAAAGUCGAGAAUAAAAGGCUAAAAGCAACAGGGCUAGGAAGGGAUGCGUAUAGUGUGUAUGCCACCAAGUACUUCGCUGAGAUACUCAAGCGUAUGGCUAUUGGCCGGAAGGAUGUGAUCUCAAAAUACGGGUUCGAGCAUCUCCUGAAGUUUGAGAAAACUGAAUUCCCUUCUCACUUCACCAGAUGGAUUGUUGGUUGCGUAGACACAAUAUCUUCCCAAAUCAUUAUUGACGAUCAGAAGAUUAUCUCUCUUUCUAAGGAGUCUGUCCAUCUUGUGUUGGGUCUGCCGAACAGUGGCGUUGUAGCGAUGCCCAAUAAGGAGAGAGGGAGGAGUUUCAUUAUGUCUAGGUUCAAUCUUUCAGAAAUUCCAAAUGUCACUUUCUUUGGAAAUAUGCUCACAUCAGAAGAAGAUCUUAGCGAUGAGAACACCUUCAUAUGUUUCAUGGUGAUUGUUAUGUCAUGCUUUCUGUAGGAGAUAUGCCCUAGAGGCAAUAAUAAAUGUUAUUGAUUA